UUAUGAAGGGUUUAUUUCGGCGGCUGUACUUCACGGCUCUCUCUCAGAUCUUCUCUUCUCUUCACCCAAGUUUCAAAAUUCGAUCUUCUUCAAUUUCUCUAUGCUCGUAUCGCUCUCUCUGGAAAACCCAGCUCUAAAAUAGCCUAUUGUACACAUAUACUUCUCACCCAUUUGUGAUCAGACGAAAAUGUGGAGGAACAUUUUCGGGAGAGCCACUUUGAGAAAGAUCAAGCCUUUCUCCGAUUCUAGCUCCGCCACUCACUUUCGCGGCAUCAUUUCGUCGAUUAAUCUCUCUGGUGGCGUUAGAAACCAAUUAGCGACUAACCCAGUUAACGAAUUGGGAAGAUUGACCUCUGUUCUUCAUAAUCACCCCUUUGCGUUUAGAGGGCUCGCCACAGCUGCGCAAACGAUCGAUUCAGACGAUUCAUCAUCCGGGUCCGACGAAGUCAACGAACUGAUGUCAGCAAUGGAGAAAGAAACCGAGAGGGUCCGCAAAAAGGCCAGACUUGCAGCGAAACAGCCGAUGAAAGUCGUGGCGGGGAUGGGAGCUCAGAAGUACUACUCUUUGAAGCAGAGGCAAGUCAAGCUCGAGACCGAGGAAUGGGAGAAAGCCGCCAAAGAGUGUCAAGAGAUUAUAGAGGACAUGUGCGAGCAGAAGCUCGCGCCGAAUCUCCCUUACGUGAAGUCUCUGUUUCUCGGGUGGUUCGAGCCUCUCCGCGACGCGAUUCAGGCGGAUCUUGAUGGGUUUAAGGUUAAGAAAGGGAAGAUCCCUUACGCGUCUUAUAUGGAGCAGUUGCCGGCGGAUAUGAUGGCGGUUAUCACUAUGCAUAAGAUGAUGGGGCUGUUGAUGACUAACGCUGAAGGUGUUGGGGUUGUUAAGGUUGUGAAUGCUGCUACUCAGAUCGGGGAAGCCAUUGAGCAGGAGGCUAGGAUCAACAGCUUUAUGAAGAAAGCUAAGAAGAAAAAGAAUGUGGUUGAUGAUGAAUCAGAAGCUGUAAAUGCUUCAGGAGAGGUUGAGACCAAAGAAACAUUGAAGCUGAAGAAACAAAUUAAUACAUUGUUGAAAAAGCAUAAGGUGAGGCAAGUGAGAGGGAUAGUGAAGGCACAUGACUCGUUCAAGUCAUGGGGUCAAGAGGCUCAAGUGAAGGUUGGCGCACGUUUGAUUCAGUUAUUGAUGGAAACUGCAUAUAUACAACCUCCAGCUGAACAGUUUGAUGAUGGUCCACCUGAGAUCCGGCCUGCUUUUAAGCAAUCUUCCAGAACUGUCACAAUAGAGAAUAAAAAAUUAAGCAGGAAAUAUGGCUGCAUCGAAUGUGAUCCUCUGAUCCGAAAGGGCCUUGACAAAUCAGCUAGACAUAUGGUCAUUCCCUACUUGCCAAUGCUAAUACCUCCCCAGAACUGGACAGGGUAUGAUCAAGGGGCACACUUUUUCUUGCCUUCAUACAUAAUGAGAACACAUGGAGCUAAACAACAACGUAUUGCAAUAAAACGAACUCCUAAGGCGCAACUGGAGCCAGUGUUCAAGGCUUUAGAUACUCUUGGAAACACGAAAUGGAGAAUAAACAAAAAGGUGUUAAGUUUGGUGGACAGAAUUUGGGCUAAUGGAGGUCGCGUUGGUGGUCUGGUUGACUGUGACGACGUACCCAUUCCAGAGGAGCCCGACAGUGAAGACCAGGAAGAAAUAAAGCAAUGGAAAUGGAAAAUGAAGGAAGCAAAUAAGGAAAACAGCGAGAGACAUUCUCAAAGGUGUGAUGUAGAGCUCAAACUCGAGGUGGCACGUAAAAUGAAGGACGAGGAAGGUUUCUACUUCCCUCACAACGUUGACUUUCGUGGCCGAGCCUAUCCCAUGCAUCCAUAUCUUAAUCAUCUCGGGUCUGAUCUCUGCCGUGGCAUUCUUGAGUUUUGUGAGGGAAAGCCUCUUGGUGAAUCAGGAUUACGGUGGCUGAAGAUACAUAUAGCAAACUUGUAUGGUGGUGGUGUUGAUAAGUUUGCUUAUAAGGAUCGGGUUGCAUUUGCCGAGAGUCAUUUGGAAGAUAUAUUUGACUCUUCUGAUAGACCUCUUGAAGGAAAAAGAUGGUGGCUUAAUGCAGAGGAUCCGUUUCAGUGUUUGGCUGCUUGCAUGAACCUUUCAGAAGCUUUGAGAAGCCCUUUUCCUGAAGCUGCUGUAUCUCAUAUCCCCAUCCACCAGGAUGGUUCAUGUAAUGGUUUACAACAUUAUGCUGCUCUUGGGAGGGAUCAGAUUGGAGCAGCUGCUGUCAACCUAUUUACAGGUGAAAAGCCGGCUGAUGUUUAUGCAGAUAUUGCUGCUAGAGUUCUCAACAUCAUGCGGCAAGACGCAGAGGAAGAUCCUGAAACCUUUCCCAAUGCCACAUAUGCCAAGCUCAUGCUAGAUCAGGUCGACAGGAAGCUGGUGAAACAGACUGUCAUGACAUCAGUGUAUGGUGUUACUUAUAGUGGCGCACGUGACCAAAUCAAGAAGAGGUUAAAAGAGCGUGGUGCCUUUGCGGACGAUUCACAAAAUUUUCACGCAUCUUGUUAUGCAGCAAGAGUCACUUUGAAAGCACUGGAAGAGAUGUUUGAAGCUGCCAGAGCCAUCAUGAGUUGGUUUGGUGAAUGUGCAAAGAUAAUAGCUUCACAAAACAAAGCAGUUUGUUGGACGACUCCUCUUGGGCUUCCAGUUGUACAACCCUAUCGGAAGAAUGAAAGACACUUGGUUAAGACUACUCUUCAGGUGUUAACUCUACAACGAGAGACUGAAAAGGUCAUGGCAAGGAAGCAAAUGACAGCUUUCGCACCAAAUUUUGUACAUUCCCUUGAUGGGUCUCACAUGAUGAUGACAGCAGUCGCCUGCAACAAGGCGGGUUUGAGUUUUGCAGGGGUGCAUGACUCAUUCUGGACUCACGCAUGUGAUGUUGAACUUAUGAACAAUAUACUCAGAGAGAAGUUUGUCGAGCUCUACGAUAAGCCAAUCUUAGAAAAUUUGUUGGAGAGUUUCCAGAAGUCAUUCCCAGGCCUAACGUUUCCACCAUUGCCAGAACGAGGCGACUUUGAUCUGAGGGAGGUCAUACGGUCGCCAUACUUCUUCAAUUAAGUUGCAGCAUAUUCAGGUUACUUUUUGCAUAAUGGAAGCUCCAAUGCUCCAUCUAACAUUCAGGGCAGAGUAGGUUUGUCUCUUCAUGCCAAUAUAAUUAGCCAUAUUGAUCAAAGG